UCGCAAACAUAUAAAUAUUGCAAUGGUUCAGCGUGAGUGGGUUUUGUUCAAGCGCCACUCUCGACUUUGGCAGCUCUCUUCAAAAUGAACUUCUGCAUCGCUCCUUGCCUCACUCUGUCCCCAACGACUGACAGUUGCCCCUUUGAGGCCAUCAGACUAUCGUUCACGAACAAUGUCAGGAUUCCCUUGGGGCCGACAGCGUUCACACCAGGUGGUUCAAUAUCUCUUGCAUCACCACAUGCUGAGAUCUGGCUUCAAAGUAAACAGGUGCUGAUACGAGAUCAAAACACUACACAUGGAACAUACGUGAAUGGUAUGCGAAUAGUGCAACAAACUCUUUUGCAGAAUGGUGAUAUCCUUACAUUGGGUGCUCCAAUAAUUCGGUCCUAUGGUGUCCCUGCCAAUGUAACCAACGAUCAGCUUAAGCCCAUUAAAGCAAUGGUGACCAUUGUGGGCGUCUGAUCGCUCAGCGGCAGCUACGGUGCCUAUUAUAAUUCUCGUGGCUC